ACGAGGGAACCGUAAGUGCUAAAAUGCGAACUCAUUUCCAGCUAUAGAUACAAACAUUUUCUUAUCAUACUAUAUUUAGUAUUUGGUCACAUGGGACUGCUGUUCUAUCCUAAAAUAUAAUGGAGUCUAUUGCAAAAACAGUAGUCCCAUGUGCCCAAAUACUAGAUAUAGUAGUGUCUGCAACCUUGUAACAGUGCUGCUGCCUAUCUUUGCCAGGACACUCUUAAAAAAGAGAUUUUUAAUCUCAAUGAGGUUUUUUUUACACCUGGUCAAAUAAAGGUUAAAAAAAAAAGUAUGAUGAGUAAAACUCACUUUUCAGAAAGGUUUGACUGAUUUUGAAAAUUUCUACACAUUUUUGCUUUGGCAAGCCCAGACAACACAAAGGACGUUUUAAAAAAUCAGUUGAGGGCACAAAUGGGUUUAGAGAAUCAAAUAUAGAAACACAAAAAAGAACAAUGCGAGGCUGACAGAGAACAGGAGGAUCAGGCAGAAAGACAAAAGGUGGAAGAGAAAUAUGAGAGUAGAAGAAGAAGAAGAAAGAGGAGAAGAUCUCUGCAUCUCACAGAGCUGACAAACACUUUCCACUCCUGUGGAUGCUGUGCAGCGUGCACUACUUGCAGCCUGAGUGUGUGUGUUUUUAUACGAGAGUGCACGAGUCUGAAGCCAUAGGCAUGAUAGGGGGACAGAAUGGUGCCGUAUGGUUUUCAUAACUCUCUGAGGGUUUUCAAUUCUGCUACACACACACCAACCCGUCAACCCCUCCAGCCUUCCUUUAUACACUCACACAUUUUACCAGCCCCCUCUUCCAAAAAACACACAAUUCUUUUUCCUCUACGUAGCCUCACCCCCCCUCCAUCCCACCCUCCCCCAUCUCUCUCUCUCUUUCUGAGGUUCAGUCAGAAAGCCAACUUUGCAGAGGCAAGAAAGCCCCGACAGGAUCAGAUACAGGAGAGGCUUUUCUGUCACUGAAUUUCAUCACAUUCAUAUAUGGAGUAAUUCAUUCUGGACUCACAGAUUUUGCUCCAUUCCACCGGGACUAUACUUGCACCUCACUGGACUUUAUUUUGGACUGUACUGGACUCUUUCUAGGGUAUUCCACUGGACUGCAUUGGUUCCUAUUAGUUUUAUAUAUGAUCUUGUGCUUAACUGUGGCACCAGUGCUGACAGUUUGUUGUUGAAUGAUUGACCGAUACUGCACUGCAGGGAUAUUUGUGUAAGGGCUUGGGUAAAUUAAGGUAAUCCAAUGUCAGUUUUGGAGUUAUCUGCCUCAGAUUACUUUGAGUAAAAGGUCAGUUAGACAAAAUUAUUUAUUCAGAUACCUUAACAGGAUAGAAAAAAGGUUCAGUUUGUUAAAUUCAUUGAAGUGGGUGGAUUUGCGUCAGGUUUGUUUGAAUAAGAAAAUCCUUUAUUAGGUUAUUUAUUUUGACAGUAAGGUUGGAGUACUCAUUUGAAUGUUGGCCUAGUUUAAACCUCAUGUCUUGGUGGAGGAUGCAAAAGACCAUCAGUAGCUGCAGCAGUAGCAGCAUGAGUCUCCUGUGUGUCCUGUGGCUGCUGACGGUCUGUCUGGCUCCUGGAGGCCAAGGCCAGAGGCUGAAGGAGACGGAGGCGGAGCAGCCAGCAGCCAAAGCUCCGCUGGCAGAGAAAGACGCGCUCUGCCACCAAGAGGGAUGCUACACCGUCUUCCUCCAGAAGAGGACCUUCAGGGAGGCGGGGCGGAGCUGCCGGGAGCGAGGUGGGACCCUGGCAACGAUGCAUACCCAAGAGGCAGCGGGUGUGGUCCACGAGCUGCUGUCGGCCAUCGAGGGGACCAGGUCGAGGCUUCGCCUCUGGAUCGGGCUGCACAGACCGCCACGCCAGUGCUCAUCCACCCGAUCACUCAGAGGAUUCGUCUGGGUCACAGGAGACCAGGAUGGCCAGUUCACCAACUGGCUCCGUGAAGACACCCCUGGGACUUGUGCGGUCCCUCGCUGUGUCGCCAUGACCGUCCACACUUCCGAGAGCGGGCGUGAGAGCAGCGACAAUUUCCGGUGGGUCGACGGCUCCUGCGCGCUGCCGUUGGAUGGAUACGUUUGCCAGUACAACUACAAAGGGAUGUGUUCGCCACUGGAGGACGAGGGUAGUGGUCCGGCUGUUUACACCACGCCGUUUCACCUCGUCAGCACGCUGCUGACCCACGUGCCCUACGGGUCUGUAGCGGCUCUACCGUGCCCCGCAGACGGCCCAGACCCUGCUGAGCAGACGGUGCUGUGCAUGGAGAGAGACGACGACACGGUGGGCUGGUCCAGGGACGCCCCGCUCUGCUCAUCCGGCGCGGCUCCACAGAACCAGGACUGGUGUAGCGGGGACCACGGCUGUGAGCAGUACUGCCAGAACACAGACACGGACUACUACUGUUACUGCUCUGAGGGCUUCAUGAUAGAUGAGGACGGGUACACCUGCAAGCCUGAUCCCCUGAGCCAAACUGGCUCACCUGAUUUACCCGCCGACUCCGCCGGCCCCACCGAAGAGCCCCACAUGAAAGACGUCUGCGUGGAGAUGGGGUGUGAGUACGACUGUGUGGAGACACAGCGGGGCAUCCGCUGCACAUGCCCGCCAGGUUACCAAAUGGGUCCAGAUGGCCGCAGAUGCUCUGACGUAGACGAAUGUCUGCAACAACCGUGCCCGCAACUGUGCAACAACAUCCCGGGCACCUUCCACUGCACCUGCCACUCCGGGUACCAGCCAGACGAUGAGGGCGAGUGCGUGGACGUCGAUGAGUGCCUUGAUGAGGCCAGCUGUGAAGGCCUCUGUGAAAACACAGUGGGGUCCUUCACAUGCCUGUGUAACCCCGGGUACGGGUCGGGCAGCGGGGGAGAGUGCGUAGACGUAGAUGAGUGUGUGGGGGAGUCGCCCUGCGAACAGCAGUGUCUCAACUAUAUGGGGGGGUACCAGUGUUACUGUGACAACGGCUACGACCUGCAGUCAGAUGGGCUUACCUGCCUGCCUUCACCCGAUGAUGAAGAGUAUUCCACUCUGACCCCUGACCCCAGUGACUCCGCUCACAUACCUGACUUGGAUGAUAUCCCCUGGUCCUCCUCCUUCACCCCGGACCCAAACUUUGAAGCCGACACUAACUUUGACGUUGACUGGCUGACAAACGCACCUGAAGUACUCUCCCCUGAUAUGGCUCAUGGGUCAGACAAUCACCUGAACCAAUGGGAUGCCCUGUCACCAAAGCGAUAUCAGACAGCGCCAUCCCCAACGCAAACAUACAACACCGGCAAUGAAAUUGAUAAUGAGGCCGAAACUAAGAAAGAAGGUAGAGAAGCUAGUGAUGGCGUGGGAGCUGAGACCGUACCAUCUAAAGUGGAUGGCACAGAGGAUGUCAGCGGCGUGGCGGAGGCUGGGGCCGGAUCUGCUGCAGGGAAACAAAAGCACGACAAGAGCUGGCUACUGGUGGCCCUGCUGGUGCCUCUGUGUGUGUUCCUCGUAGUGAUGCUGGCUCUGGGGAUCGUCUACUGCACCAGCUGUGCUGUGGACAAGAGUCUGAGCUUCUCAAACUGCUAUCGCUGGAUACUCCCCACAACGCCUACCGACAGGAGGAACGGCAAAACCCAAGCAUGAACCCUAAAAUAAACAACACACAGAUGUGUUGAAGGCCCAGAUGUUUUUCUCUUGUGUAUAGCAGGGCUGGUCACUACCAUGUGGAUAUAAUAGCUAACUGGCUCUACCAAUACUUUCUGUUGCACACCCCUUGUAAAUAAUUCACUUUCUCAUGUUUUUACAAUUCAAUAAAACCAAUAAACUGAUGAAAUACUGUGUGGUUUGUAAGCCUAUCUAGGUUAUAAGUAAGGGAUAAUGUACAGCGAGCCGAUCAUUGUUGUGAAAUAAACCCUGACAGCGCGAUGCCGCACCCUCACGCGGAGCGGAGGGAUCUCGCAUCGCCCUGAAGAGGUUUAUUUCACGACAAUGACCCGCUGGCUGUACAUCAUCCCGCUUAUUACACGGCUACUUACUUAAGAAAUCAAUAAUUCAACA